AUGAGCGCCAACUCUUCUACGAUUUUUUGGCAAGAUCGAGAAAUUAGAUUUGAUUCCAACUUUGAGGCAGGAGAACUUAAUUUGAGGAAGGGAGAGUUUGAAAUUGAUGUUUUGGAAAAUGUAGAGGAUACGAAAGGAAAUAAUGGAGAGAAGGGAAGAUGUGUCAUUACAAAUUUACGAUUAUUGUGGAUCUGUACAAGAAAUCCGAAAAUUAAUUUGAGCAUUGGAUACAAUACAAUGGUGAAUAUUAAAAUUCAGACAGGAUCGAGUCGAUUAAAAGGAUCCACUCAAGCAUUAUAUUUAUUAACAAAAUAUCAUGGCUCAAGAUUUGAAUUUAUAUUUUCAAAUAUGGUGAAAACAAAUCCGAGACUAUUCUCGACCAUUCAAGCAGUAUUUAAAGCCUAUCAGUCAAGCAAAAUGUACAGAGAAAUCCGCUUGAGAUCGGCCAUCAUUAAGAAUAAGCAUUUAGAGUUGUUACCCAAAGAGCAAGUAUAUACAACAUUGAGUGGUGUUUGGAAUUUGAGUGCAGAGCAAGGAAACUUGGGAACAUUUAUUGUGACCAAUGUACGAGUGGUGUGGUUUGCAGACCUUGCAGAAAAUUUCAAUGUAUCCAUUCCUUACCUUCAAAUUAAAAAUGUAUCAUUUAGAGACUCCAAGUUUGGAAAAGCAUUUGUGGUUGAAACGAACAGAAGUGCAGGAAGAGAAUUUGUGUUGGGAUUUAAAGUCGAUCCAGUCGAAAGACUCAGUGAUUUGUUCAAAGAAGUAUCAUCUCUUCAUCAACUCUUUACAGAUAAUCCACUGCUUGGUGUUGAAUAUCAGCCAGAAGAAAAGCAGGCUAGUCUCGAACAGCUCAUGGUUCCAAAAACCACAGAGAGUAUUAAGUACAUUGGAAACAAAGACACCAGUGACCCACUCGCUCCGUACUAUGUUGACACUUCCGACAAGUCAAGCAAUACUUCGAUUGGUUUCAGUGAAGAACUUGGUUUAGCUUGUGAAGAACUUAAGGAUGGAAUGUCCAUCAAAAAGUUGUGGCAAUGCAUUUACAAGGUGUAA